AUGCCUCCAAAAGCAGCCCCUCCUCAGAGGGAGUUUGUCCAUCCCGAAGCUGGCCAUGCGCGAAAGAAACCCCCCAGUGCUUUCGCCAUCGAACCCAUCACCGUUUUUUACUGCUUCCUCGCCGCCAAUAUCGUCUCUGCCCUCUUCGCCCCGAUCCAAGACUGCGAUGAAACAUUCAACUAUUACGAGCCGACUCACUACCUAUCACAUGGCUACGGCCUCCAGACCUGGGAAUACUCCCCCACCUAUGCCAUCCGGAGCUGGCUCUACGUUGUCGGCGAGUUCUACUUCAUCCGCUAUGUGCUUGCCUUUGGCUGCGCCCUGUGCCAGACCCUUCUUUUCCGUGCCAUCAGCAUUACCCUCAAUGCCCGCAUCGGCCUUUUCUUCGUCAUGGCCACCAUCUUUAGCCCCGGAAACUUCCAUGCCAGCACCGCAUACCUUCCCUCUAGCUUCGCAAUGUACAUGGCCAUGCUCGGUGCUUCGUCUUUCAUGAACUGGCGUGGGGGCCUCAAGACCGCCCAAGGCAUCUUUUGGUUUGCUUUGGGAGGCGUUGUGGGAUGGCCCUUUGCAGUGGCGCUGUCCGCCCCCUUCCUCAUCGAAGAGGCUCUUUUUGCUGUCUUGAGUGACAGGGAUCGCUUCAUCGAAGCCAUCCUUCGUGUCUCCAGGGGCGUGACUGCUGGUCUGAUCAUCCUCUUCUUCGAUGGCUGCAUAAACACGUUUUUUUACAAGAAGGUUGAGGUCGCGGCCUGGAACAUCGUCAAGUACAACAUCUUUUCCGAGACUGGUGGCCCGGAACUCUACGGCACUGAACCCUGGUCCUUCUACUUCCGCAACCUGGCCCUGAACUUCAACAUCUGGUUUGUGCUGGCCCUCUUGUGCCUACCACUGUUCCUUCUGCAAAAGAUCGUCUCUCCCUCUGGUCAGGGUUUCCAGACCGGUCUUCGCGCAGUGGUCUUCAUCUCGCCCUUCUAUCUCUGGCUUGGCAUCUUUACUCUGCAGCCGCAUAAGGAGGAGCGCUUCAUGUACCCCGCCUACCCCUUCCUGGCACUGAACGCGGCCAUGUCUCUGCACAUCCUUCUCACGGCGUUUGGCAACUCUGAUCCCAAGACUCUCGUCGGCAAGAUCCCUGCCAAACUCAAGCUGUCUCUGGUUACUCUCGUCCUCCUUCUGUCCUUCGAUAUCAGCCUAUCUCGGGUCUAUGGAAUCUGGUCUGCUUACUCUGCUCCGCUGACCCUUUAUAAACCGCUUGGGGCUGGUGUUAGCGGUCAGCAGGGAGUCGGCGUCCGCGGCGAUAAUGUGUGCUUCGGAAAGGAGUGGUACCGCUUUCCGUCGUCCUACUUCCUCCCUCGGGACAUGCACGCCAAGUUUGUCCGUUCAGAGUUCCGCGGUCUGUUGCCUGGAGAAUUCUCCGAAGCCCGCACCGGCUUUGGUUUCUGGAGCGGCACUUGGCUUCCCACCAACGGACUGAAUGACAGGAACGAGGAGGAUAUGGGCAAGUACGUCGAUCAGCGAUCCUGUGGGUUCUUGGUCGAUACCCAGUACCCGCAACGAACCGAACCUCUCCCUCCCAACGAGCCAGACUAUGUCGCAGACGAAGAGCAUUGGGAAAUUGUCAAGUGUGUUCCCUUCUUGGAUGCGCAAAAGACUCACCCCCUGGCCCGAGCUUUGUGGGUGCCUGACUUGCCCUUCAUUCCCGAGAAGUAUCAAAGGAAAUGGGGACGUCAUUGUCUCUUGAAACGCAAGAAGUAG